AUGCGCUGGAUAGUCGCUCUUUCGUUCCUCUCGUUCUUUUCAGUCGUGGAAGUGCAAGCAUCGACCGUGCAGAAAGAUGGAUUGACACUUCCCGACUCUGCUCUAAAUUAUAGAGAUGCGGUCAAGGACAUUUUUCAGACAAGUUAUGCCGCUUACAAAAAAUAUGCUUGGGGUCAUGAUGAUCUCACUCCUGAGAGCGAGUCUUAUUACGAUGGUCGGAACGGCUGGGGUGCUUCCAUUGUCGAUGCAAUGAGUACUAUGUAUACGAUGGGUCUGGAUGACCUUCUAGACGAAGCUGUUGGUUACGUCGGUACCAUUGACUUCAGCUCAUCAAAGACUUCAGAUCACGUCAGCGUCUUUGAGACGACAAUCAGGUAUCUUGGGGGUAUUCUCAGUGUAUACGAGCUCCGUGGGUAUAAAGAUGAUGCUCUUCUUGAGAAGGCUACAGAAGUGGCCGACAAGAUGGCCUAUGCUUGGGUUGGAGACAAUGAUGUACCAUUUGGUUCCAUUGAUUUCUCAUCAGAUCUGCCUGAUGUUGCGACGUCUAAUAUUGCCGAAGCUGGGACACUUAUCAUAGAGUGGGCCGCACUGAGCAAGUAUACUGGUAACGACACCUACCGUGAGCUCGCCGACAAGGCUAUGCGACAUAUAGCCAACCUGGGUGCUCCCCUACCUGGCCUGGCCGCGCAAGGCAUAGAUCCAUCUUCGGGUGAAUUCGUGGGGGGUUAUGUUACGUGGGGCGGUGGCUCCGAUAGCUACUUUGAAUACCUUAUCAAAUAUCCCCGGCUAGCAAACCUCACAGACACUCUCUACGUCGACACUUGGUUGACAGCUGUAGAUUCCUCCCUCAGGUAUCUACUUAGGCGCUCAACGGUCGGACAGCAUCUUUACACUUGCGACUACGAUGCCGUGUCUUUAGAGUAUGAGAACGUCGGCUCGCACUUGGCUUGCUUCCAUGCGGGCAAUUGGUUGUAUGGUGGAACAUUACUCGGGAAUGAGACCAUCGUGAACACUGCCCUGGAACUGUUAGAUGGAUGUUGGAAUACAUACGCGAGUACAGCUACCGGGAUCGGGCCUGAAGCCUUUGCUUAUAUCACUCCUGGUGAGAACACCAGUUCUCUUACAUCCGAUCAACGAUCGUUUUACGAUGAACACGGAUUCUACAUCACUUCCUCCUACUAUAUACUUCGGCCCGAGGUUCUGGAGUCCAAUUUUUAUGCCUGGAGGAUCACAGGUGAUACGAAGUAUCUGGAUCGAGCAGCGAGUGUGGUCGAUAGCUUCAAGGAAUAUCUGUCAGCUGUCGUUGCAUACGAUGGUAUAUAUGAUGUAGACAGCACAUCAUCCAGUAAGGUCGAUGAUAUGGAGAGCUUCUGGUUCGCAGAAGUCCUGAAAUAUCUAUAUCUGACAUUCGAUGAUCCGACGAAUAUCAGUAUUGAUGAUUAUGUCUUUAACACGGAAGCACACCCUUUCAAGGCACCGGUUGCUCAACUGACAGAUGAGUCUGGGUCUUUGACUACUAAUAUUUCGUCGGUGUUCAAGACUGUUAGUGGAACUCUUCCGACUGUCAGUCCUAACGUACGUGUAUCGGGGGUUGAAGUCUGA